AUGGCGGACUCAGAAUGGGAUGCUUUCAGGCCAGAAAUUGAGCGACUUUAUGUUUACGAGAGCAAGCCUCUAUCCGCUGUCCUGGAGUACAUGGCAACCAAGUACUCAAUGGUGACAUCCCGGGCAAAAUUGAAUAGACUGCUCGACGCCUGGGGAAUUGAAAAGAACCUCAUCACUCGCCCGGAGGAAUGGCCGUAUAUUGGGAGAAAAAUCUUGAAAAGAAAGCGGGAUGAUAAAAAAGAAAGUGAAAUUCAUAUUCGAGGGGAGCAAGUUCAGCCUGAAAAUGUUAGGAAGAAAUUGUACCGGGAAGCCUAUGUGCCAACCAGAGACCUGAUUUCGAACGCGCCGUCACCGGAGACCCCAGAAGGUGUUCUAGUAUGGACCCCAGCAUCACCAGGAAUGCGUCUCAAUUGGAAUACGCCACUUCCGUGGCUGCGAUUCCUCCAGCUUCUACACCCUCCGCAUGCGCAAGGUCCAAACUCGCCCUCGCCUCUCGUUGUGUCCUCUCCUUCAUCGACUUUUCCUGCCCCAUCUCCAUCCUCGUCUCUUGCUAUAUCAUCACCUGGAAAGUCUUAUGCAAUGUAUCGAGCCGUCAACAGAGAAUUGCUCCAGCGAUUAAGCUCCAUUAUACCCUGGGGAAGACUGAACAGCCCUCCUAGCAUACAAAGCAGUUCCAAAACAGCAGCUGCAUUGACAAUUCUGAUGCCUGAGCAGUUCAAGGGGCAGCAUCAGAGUUUAUCAUCGAAAUUGAGCAGCUCUAGGAACAGUGGAAAAGAUCUUCUGGCUGUGGAACUGUUCCUUCUCUCCAACAACCUGAUCCCGCAUGCCCGUGAAGGGCGAUCUACAAGGGGGAUGAGAUCCGAAGAUGAGCGAGUGAUGAAGAUGCUUAAGGAUUCUAGUUGGGGUGAUUCGAAACAUCUCAGGAUCUUGUUAUCAACACACGAGCCAUCAGCCGAAGCUAUUGCGGAGAAGGUCUUCGCAAGUUCACUGAGACUUAAAGAUUUGGAGACAGUGAGAAUGAUGCUAGAGGCUCAGAUGGAUCCAAAUGGAAAAAUUGAAACGGUCGAAUACGGCAUGUUGACGCCCCUGCAGUUUGCCGCAAGUCUUGCAGAUGAUGAUGGUGCCGAAUUGGUCGACCUUUUGGUAGCCCAUGGAGCCGACGUAAAUCCAUCCGUCGAUGAAUAUCCCCCAUUGUUUUACGCAAUUCAAGCAAACAACACCAUAUGCAUGGACAAGCUUUUAUUGCAGCGCGCCGUGGUAACGCCAGCAUGCCUUUCUGCCGCAACGAGGUUGGAUACCUUUGAAGCCUUUGAAGAGAUAGUCGAUUCUUGCUACGAUGUGAAUGCACGAGCAGGAUUGCAGGACCACAGUGCUCUUGCGGAAGCCGUGCAGAUUGGGAAUGUCCCAAUGAUUCAGCUUCUGCUAGCGAAAGGUGCAAAGAUGGAUGAGCUAGUCGCUAUCGAAUUCGAACAAGAUACUGCCACUACAACAAUAUUAGGGCUUGGGGUGCUAACUAGAAAGCUUGAAGUCAUACGAUCAUUACUGGAUCACGGCGUUGACAUCAACCCUGACUUCGAUGGCUUUCCCUUUAUCUCCCCCCUUACAUUGGCUGUCGAAGUGGGAAGAAUCGAUAUCGUCAUUUUCUUGCUGCAGGAGGGAGUGGAUGUGAAGGCUAUUGAUGAGGGAUCAGACAAGACUCUACUUGAACGAGCAGCCAGCAAGAAAAAUCUAGCUUAUUGUGAAGCUUUGCUGGCUUACGGAGCCAAGCUUAAUGGCGAAAAUGCCAGUUCUGCGAAUGAGUCUUCGGCACUUCUCGUUGCUUUAAUGAGUGGUUCGACGGAAAUCGUUGCGCUCUUCAUUGCCGCACAUGCACGUCUCAAUGAUUAUUACACGAAGCCUCCUGGUUCUGUUCUUGGCGCAGCCAUCGAAAUGGGAGACAUGACAUCAAUCCACAUGCUGUUAACAGCCGGUGCUCGACUGAUUGGGAUGAAAAUCCGGAAGAUAGGAAAUCUAGAAACUGCACAGUUCCUACAGGGAAAUGGAGUUCUGCGAAAUCUGCUAAUUGUUUCUGGAAGCAGGAUUUUGGCCGCCGCUAUCACCUAUCGCCAACUCGACUUAGCCCAAUAUCUGCUUGAUCAUGAUGCUGAUCUUGGAGACCAGCUCGGGAGAGAAGACAAUUCCUCUGUGGAGCAAAGUCCAUUAGAGGCUGCGAUAGAGCAAGGAAAUCUACGACUCGCGGAAGUUCUCUUGGAUCGAGGCGCAAAAGUCACGGAUGGUGUUCUAGCAGGAGCUAUGAGACCGUCACACUUUGAUGCCAGGUUCCAGCGACGCCUUCUGGCUGGUUUCCAUGAAAGCGCUCCAAGUGCUGUAGGGGCCGCAAUCGUUUAUGGACACCCGCUGGGGCUGUUCCAAGAGGCGAAUGUGGACCCCAGAGGUACACCCCAACUCGAAUCCUCUUAUUUUCAGCUGGAUGAAUGUGAUUUUGAAAUUCCAUCUCCUGAGUCGGUUCUUGAGCUUGGGGUCGUGAUGGGAAACAAGGAGGGUUUGCUCUCUCUACUUGAAUGGAUUCCCUGGAGUGCAGAUCUUGUUGGCCGCGCUCUGACACUCGCCAUUCUUCUUGAAGAGCAACAGCUGUUGGAUAUUCUGAUGAAAUUCUGCCCUGAUGUUGCGCAAGAGAUCACGAUUUCCUACCAUGAUUCCGACGAUUUUGGGACGGUGAGUGGAAACAAAGACACCUAUACCCCGCUUCAAGCUGCAGUCAAGCACCAGCACAUCAAAGUUGCGACUGAAUUAGCAAAGAGCGCGGAUGUCAAUUUCUUGGGAAACGGCGCCCGUCGCCGAACACCUUUGCAACAUGCUGUUGAGAACGGCAAUAUGGAGCUGGUCAAUAUGCUUUUGAAACGCGGAGCUCGAGCCGAUGGAGCUCCUGCCGAGGAUGGUGGCGCGACCGCUUUGCAGAUUGCAUCCCUUCGUGGGUAUAUCGGCAUCGCACAGAGAAUGCUUGAUCUAGGUGCGGACGUGAAUGAAGGUCCUGCGAAGCUUAAUGGGCGAACAGCCUUGCAAGGUGCGGCAGAGUACGGUCGCAUUGAUAUGCUGCACAUGCUUCUUGAUAAAGGGCCGUUGGUUGUCGGAGAUGCUGAGCGCCAUUAUCAUAAGGCUGUAGACCUCGCAGAGCGGAACGGGCAUAUGGCUGCUGCGAAAAUCCUCAGGCAUUUCAGGAGCACUGUUGAGCUGAGCUUAUCUUAG